ACAAGCGCAGCGUCCGGUCCAUGAAGACGAAACACGGAGGGAAUGAAGGCGUUGUGUGAGACCAAUCAGGUGCUGGAGGAUGGACCCGAGCCGAUGAGGAGCGAAGCGCUGAGCCCAGAGAUGAAGCAGUGUGCCCCGUGACACUCAUCUUUGCUGUUUCCACCACUGGAGGAUGGCUGGCAGACUCUGUGAAAAUGGUUCUGGUCAGCACCACUCCACCCACAUCAACCCACCUCUUGAAACCAGCUGCCUGUUGCUCCUGAUCAUGCUCGGAAAAGUCUCCCUCGAUUUCUUCACGCUGCACGUGAAGCCCAAAAACGUGAGAGUCAGUUUUAUGGGCUGCUUUUGCGCGUCGGUGGCGCUGCUCGAUCUGGCGCUGCUGCUGAUCUCGUGUUUCAUUUUCUGUUUGGAGGACUUUGCGCUCUGGGGGCUGCGCUUCACCCGCUACCACAUCUGCCUCUUCACCCAGCUCACCUCCCUCACCUGCGGCAUUCUGCACUACCCCGUGUACCUCCUCGCUGCUCUGGACCAUUACACCACCAUCUCCCACACGUCCCAGCUCCCCAAAAGAGGCCAGAAAUUACUGUACGUGGUUGCUGUGGUGGUUCUAUGGAUUUCAGGGUUUUUUUGGAUUCUCAAAGUUCCCGCUGUCUACGAAGAGCUGGAAAUUGAGAAGAGCGUCACUCCUUACCAGUGCCCUGUCUCUGGCAGCCUGCAGAGCUACUCCAUCUCGUGUGCCAUGGUGCUGCUCCUGGGCACUGCUCUCCUGGCUCGCUGGAGGGAGGUGGUGACCACCCUGCUGUCUGCCAGGCUCGUCUCUGUCUCCAGUCAGCCUGCUCUGAUCUUCCCCUACACGUCCAACACCACCGCCUGCUUCAAGUGGCAGCUCCUGACCAGGCUCCUCGUCUGCUUUCUUGGCACUUGGGCACCUUUGGUGGUUCUGCAGGUCCUGGUCGUGUUCCUGGGGGUGCAGAUCCCGGCCUACGUGGGCAUGAACGUGCCCUGGCUGUACUUCAUCAACAGCUUCCUCCUGGCAGCCGUGUGCUGGUGCCGGUGCCACGAGGCCGAGCUGGCAGAGGGCACGUGGAGCUCAGACCCGUUUGUCAGCUGGAAAUUCUGCUUUGUGCCGUUCGACAAUGAAAGCACGGAGCCAGCUGAUGAGGCGGGGGCGGUGAUUGUCUGUUAACGAGCUGCGGGCUGGGAAGGCUGCAGGAAGGGCGGGCUCUGAGGUUCUGUGGCUGGGUCCUUACAGACAACGCGGGGAAACAGCUCCAGAAACA